CUGUAAGUCAUCUCUUGGCUCAAACAAACGUAAUUUAAAUUAAUUUAACACAAACAGAGGAAAACCAAAUGUCUAGAUCGAAAUGGGAUUACAGGGAUGUAUCUGUAUUAUUACAAGCCAUUCGCAACUUUUUGUUAGGGAGGAAACACACUCUCCACCCCCGCUUUCCUUGGAAGGUGGCUGCAAGAAGUAUACCUCCUCCUGACAUACCUCGAGGCCCUGAGUAUAAGUACUCCAACCAAUACUACCAUCAAAGGAACCCCUUUGAAUCGGUGAAACCUCCGGUAGUUGCUCCUGUGGGCCUGGGGGGGAGUAAACAAGGGAAAAUGAAGGCGGAAAGUGUGCCCAUAUCCGGUCUUCCGACGCCCGGCGCUACUUGGUGGUGGGAUGGCCACAGCUACUACGAGUGCACGCCGCCGCCGCCGCCGCCGGACACGCGGCCGCCCUGCCCGCCGGCGACCACGGGGCCGGCGCCGCCUCCUUGCUGCAUCCAGCCGGUGGCAUGCGAGCCCCCACCUGAGCCCCCUUGCCCCUUGUCGCCUGAUAAGCUACCGAAGCACUGA